CUGCGCAGAGCAGUCUUGGAGGGAGAACUAAGAGGACUGCGCGGCAAGUGAUAGGCCCAGAAUAACAACCAGAAAACAAAAUCUCAUCAUGGCAAAUAUCCACCAGGACAACGAGGAAAUGGAGCAGCCCGCACAGAAUGCACAGGAAGACCGCCCUUUGGGAGGAGGUGAUGGCCACCAGCCUGCAGCGAACAACCACAACCACAACCGAAGAGGACAGGCUUGCCGUCUUGCCCCUAACUUUCGAUGGGCCAUUCCCAAUAGGCAGAUUAAUGAUGGGCUGGGUGGAGAUGGAGAUGAUAUGGAAAUGUUCAUGGAGGAGAUGAGAGAAAUCAGGAGAAAACUUAGGGAACUACAGUUGAGAAAUUGUCUCCGUAUUCUUAUGGGGGAGCGCUCUAAUCACCAUGAUCAUCAUGAUGAAUUCUGCCUUAUGCCCUAACCUGGGCCAUUUUCCACGAGAUUCAUACUGUGAUUCCCGCUGUAUUCCUUUUCCUUGCAUUUUCCUGACAUGCCUUUACUGAUCUGUUUGUGGUGAGCAUUGUGUUAUUUCCAUGUGCCAGGUGGGGCUUGUGUUACCAGCUUCUAAUUGGAGAUCGCCUUCCC